AUUCACAAUUCACAUGAAAACAGUGACAAAAUAAUUGACGCAUCUAAAGUGAUAAAGACUGAUAGCCUGAUAAAUCAAUUGAGCCACGAAAAGGAAAGAAUAGAAGAAACAUCGAGUCAUUCAGUCCUCCAGGACACAUUAGUGAAAAUUUCUAUGUCUAACACAGAGAAUGCCAAUGAUGUUGACGAUGGUUCUACCGACUCGGAGUUGAUCAUUAAAGACGAUCAGAAAGAUGUGUUUGCGACAUUGUUCACAAAAGAUUAUUUAGAUCUGGGUGAAUUUCCUUCAGAGAGAUCUUGCCCUUUCUUGGGACUAAGAAAACCCAGGAUCCUUGACAUUACAAGCAGACAAAAUGUAUCUUGCUCUCCCCAUCAAGCCAAUGAAAACGAUUGCGCACGAGCCGCUAAAGACUACCAGAUUCACAAGAAACCUCUUCAGUGCGCUGACGAGCUGCAAAAGGAAAUUUGCACAAUCAAGGAAACCUGGCGAACAAGCCCCGAAAGUGAGCUUAAAAUACAAUGCAACAUAUCUCCUUGUAAGGGAAAUCCCGUAACGGCAACAGGUAUUCACCCUUUAGAGGGUAGAGUGGAUAAAGAAAAAGAGGAGCACAGAUUUACUACCUCCAAGGCCCUUGAAAACUUUCUAGCGCACUUCGUAAUUGUAAAUACCCUACGGAGUUUCAGCUUUUGCUUUUUAAGCUGCAAAACAAGCGGCAAGAAGAACAUUUCGCAGAUUCUUACAUUUCCUCCAAUAUUGGAAACAGAGAAUUCCGAGUUUCUCCCCAGUGAAAAAAGCGAAGCUCCUAUCAACUUAAAUAUCGUGGUUUUGGAUUCCGUGUCCAGAGCACACUUUUAUCGCUCUCUCCCAAAAACUGUCGAGACACUUCGCCAUAUUGUUUACAACGAAUCUGUAAAUGCUACAGCCUUAGACUUCGAGUUACUGCAGAGCACUGCACCGUACACCUUUCAUAACAUCCGCGCUUUUAUGUCUGGCAAGAGUAACUUCAAUUACAUCGAACAUUCAAACGGAACAUACCAAAUUAACACCCUGUACCAGAAGCUUAAGGACCAAGGCUAUUAUACUCUUCUACAAGAGGACAGUUGUUGGUUUGACGAAUGGGGUUCUCUAUUUACAAAUAAUAUAUUUCAGAAUAAAACACCACGCGGUGUAGGUGAGUUUGAACUAAGGUGGAAUCGCUUUCAGGAAGACACAAGCAAUUAUUACAUUGACGAUUACGGCUUGACGCAUACAUCAUGCGAAGUCUUCAAACAAUACAAUAUCACUAACCAAUUUAAUCAGCCUCGUAAAAUUUGUUUUGGAGGAAAAGUUUUCUCGGAGCAUUUCCUUGACUAUUCUUUAAGUGUUUUUCAAGGGCAUAUCGAUUCUGGGAAAAGACAACCAAUUUUUGCCUACACUCAUCUAAAUUCCGGGCACGAGGUUACUGGAACACGAAUACGACAAAUCGACGACGCAUUGUCCGGGUAUUUGUACUCGAUUGCUCACGAAGAGGAAACGAUGACAAUCGUUUUUUCCGAUCACGGCCCGAAGACAACCAAGUUUUCGUUUCAGACAAUGGAGGGGCGAGCAGAGGUUUAUGACUCGUUGCUCUUCGUAAUUGUCCCACAGAAAGUCGCAAACAUUCUUGGAACGACACGCAUGCGUGCAAUGAUGACAAACCAACGACGCCUGAUCACUACUUUAGAUCUUCAUCACGCGAUUAUGUCUAUCGGAGACCUGGCAAGAUCCACCUCAGGUUCCUAUCUACAGCAAGGUAUCUUUUCAGAAAUACCUGCAAAUCGCACAUGCGCAGAUUUAACCAUCAAACCAUCGGCCGUUUGCAAGUGCGAGGGCUGGGACCAAAGGUUUGAAGAUAAUGAUCCUCGAUUUACUUUUCUCGCUGAAUUUGCUUUAGGUUUUCUUAAUAACAACAUUCAGGAGAACUUUAGAAAAAUGCCUGAUAGAAGUGGCGGAUUUGGGCGAUGCCAAAGACUUGUUGGUCAUAGUUUUGAGAAAAUCCGAAGGAGAAAAGUCGGGGAAAGCUACUUACUAACGAUGGAUCUAGUUGUUCUCCCAAACAACGAGAUAUUCGAAGUACAAAUCACUCACCCUGUUGAAAAGUCCUUCCGAAAGCGUACUAAAUUCCCAAAGAUAACAAAUGCCCGAAGGGUAAGCAUUUAUCGCAGGUUCGAGAAAUGCGUCGAUGAUAGCGUGAAUAUAGAACACUGCGUCUGUGAUUCACACAACUAUGGAAGAAAACUUAGCAGUAAAAAUCACUGGAGGUGGUUUGAAAUCAAAAGUGGAUCAGAUGUUCUGGAGACCGUGUUCCAAGCAAACAGUUUUGGCGCAAAAUCAGAGGUUAAAGAUUUACAUGAAUCUUGUCUGUUGCUUGUGACGCGAAAGCGAGAAAAUCUGGGGGUUGCAUUCGAAAUUGCGAACGCUUGCGACAAGACAAGAUACAAAGUAAGAUUAACAGGGAAGGGGAAAGGAAAAAAUAUCGUCACUAGAAAACUUCCCAUCUCAAUUGAAGUGCAACCAAGAACAGUUCAUUUCAUUAUGAGUGUUCAUUACAUAAAACGUCCUUUUGGAUUUUAUUUAAAAACGUCGUUUGUGGGUUAUCCCGUUUAACAUUUAUGGAUAAUUUAAAUCAGUCUUCACGUCCAGCAGUCAUUCUCAAAGGGAAUUGUUGAAAGGAGUUGAAGGUGUGGCAUAAGCAUGGGUGGGGCUGGUGGCUUAUGGCUCCUACCACGUGGAUCGUGGAUCACGUGUAGUCCUGAAGAAGAGUGCAUGCUACCAGUAGUCAGUCUCAUGUCCCUCAGGGCUAUAAUAGCGAACGAAAUACGCGAGCGCGCGUAAAAAUCGCCACCUGAGAGGAACGUGACAUGCGGUGAGAUGAGAGAAAAUGAGGUCCUUCCUCCGCGUCUCGCUUCUAACCGCGCGUGGCAAUUCUCCUCCUCGCGCGUGCCAAUUUUCACGCACCCUCACAUAAUUCAUUCGUUCAACUUUCCGGAGAAAACAGAGAAACUACUCGUAGUCUAGUACAUGUUAGCCAGGACCGCAAAUGAUGCAUGCAGUGCUAUUUUGCCUGAAACAACUCUGGCAAUAAGCUAUUGAUUCCAAACUAGUUCACAAAAGAAACAAGUAACCUAAGAUCAUAUUAGAAGCCAAAUUGGCGUGACCGCCUGACUUCUAAAAUGCAGUUCGAAAAUUAAUUCUAUAUAAUGUGAAAUCAGAUUAAGAAGCAAAUGGAAAGGAGCCAGCUAUGAAAAUAAAAGAAAAACUGAUGUCAAGCUAUUGACUUUAAACUAGUUCACACAAUGAACGAGCAACCUGAAACUAGAUUAAAUAAGAAUUGGGGCGAUCGCUCAAGUUCUAAGGCCCUGUUUACAUGGUGGCGGGGGACCCCACGUAGGUGAGGUAACCCGCUUAGGUGGGGUAACCCGCCUGGCCAUAUAAUCUAGAUGUCUAAUUUCAAUUCAAUUAAGUUUCGGUCUGUCAGACCGGAUAAGCCUCUCAGCCAGGACACAUUUUGGCAUUUAAACGUUUCAAGGUGUUACAUGAAAUUCACACCAUAUUCGAACCACAACUAUAUGGCAUCAUUAAAAGUGAAAACGGAAAGCCUGAGCAUUGAAAGUUUGAAGGGAGGGAAGCAAUUAAAAGUAGAAGAGCAUUAACUACCAAAACAAGUCGUUUGCUAACCAGUUUUCUUUCUUUUUAUUUUUUUUGCACCUAACUGCAUUACCGUUGUCAUACAAAAAAGAAAAAAACAAAAAUAUAAAAGCUAAAUAGACAUUAAUUGCCGCCAUGCAAAUUACGUUUUUAUAGGUUUCUUAUUCUGAAAACACUUCUGCAACGCAACAUUGUACUUCAAUUUGACAGCAAUGGAAGGUAAUUGUCCUCCGGAAAGAUGUCUUAUGCUUUAUAGUUUCAGACCAGCUUAUUCCUACUUCGCUUUUUUUAAUCACCCUUCUUUUUCUUUUCUAUGACAACGUUACUGCAAUUAGAUGUACUUACUUAGCGACCAUUAAGUAAUCUUGAGAACGCUCACCCCGGGAUGAUGGGGUGCAACAUAGAUUGCAUGUAAACGCGGGUUAUUUUUUCCCCUCCUGAACGGGUUAGCACACCUAUCUGGGGUAUCUAUCUCCAUGUAAGCAGACCCUAAAAUUAACGAGCCGAUGAUCCGAAAUUGAUUCGAAAAUGAGUGGACAAUCAGAAGGCAGAUUUUUAAUGCGAAUCAAACGAUAGACCUUUGAAGGCGGGUAGCUCCGAUUAUAUUCCAAGUCUGGCAUGUUUCUACGUGAAACAGAAAAUCAACUAUCCCAGCAAAGAAUUCGAAACUGGAAAAAAAUAUCCUUGAAAGCCGACUCUCUUAUAUCCCAAUAUCCCACAAGGAUUUUUAGGAAAGUUGACUGUUUGUUAUUCAUAAACACAUAAUCCUUUAAUCAAGAAUGUGGAUACUUAUACAGACACGGAAGCCUAAUGAAUGCCGGUGUGCCUCAAGAUUACACAGAUUUAAGUAAACCACACGAUACUUAUUAAACUCAGUGAUACGUGUUUCAAUUGAAACUUUUCAUAUUUCUCAGCUCCGUACCGCAAAUAUAUUUUGGUUAAGUGACGUACUAUUUAAAUAAUUCAUCACGAGAGCGGAAAUAAGCAACAAAUAAACAUAACGAUGAUUCUACAAGCCUAGCCUGGCUAUUUCUGGUCUCAUUACAUUAUUAUUUUCCCUUCACUGAUACAUUCUGAGUUUCUCAGUAAUGUUAUCAUGCUGUCAAUUGCUCAUUGGCAAUGACGUUGAAUGCAAAGUCAGUUUUCUCAUCCCUGUAUAUUUGCAUCCUGAGCGACCAAAUGCCGGAGGGGGGGUGGGGACACUCCCUUAUUUGGCCGACCUUUUUUCCACAAAAAUUAAGUUCCAUUAUGUUACUAUAAAAAAUACUUAAUUCUGUAUGCGGAAAGAAAUUAACCAGGGUCUUAAUUAAGGUCUCGUAGGGAAAUGAACGAUUAUUGUGUUAAACAGGGUCGGGGGUUGAAGGCCUCGGCGGCAGACCUCCAUCCAACCUUUCCUUGACUGCCUCUUCCCCUCCCCUCCCCCAGAAGAAUCCCAGAUUGAGAUAAUGAGAAUGUCCAGGGGCAAGUCGAGGGCGUUGAUGCCAAGCUGUCACUCAUACAACCAAUAAUAUUUCGGAGAUACAGCAAUAAUCUAGAGAAGUCAAAGGUAUUAUCAUCUGUGAAAGUUCAUGUAGCCACUGACUGUGACAAAAAACUGCAGCGGUGCAAAAGAGUAUUCCAAAGAUAUAUACAUGAUGGAUUUCAAGAUAGGUAAGCUUACACCAUUCAAACGUUUUUAGCGUUUUACAUGUAACUUAUUAGGAGUGUCUUAUAUCAGAAAGUCAGUGAGCCGUUUGAUCGAAGUGAUGGUAUGCGAUCAUGCACGGAAAACGGUGUCAAAAUCAUACUGCACGCGCGGAAAUACAGUGAAACACUCUAGAAAAGAUAAGUGACAGACUGAAGCUGCAAGAAUAAAUUUCAAAACAGAAACGUAUUACAAACGGUUAUGCAGUACUAUGCUCUUAAUGCUCUGUUGUAUUGUUAGGCGCUACUCACGUGCUACUGUACUGAAAUCACCAAUAUGUGUCAAUAUAGCUUGAACGGUAGCAAUCGUUCGCAGACAUUCGCUGCUUAGUAGUAAUGUAUGCUGAAAUCAGCGACUGCCUAAAGUGUUCACGAAUGAAAAACCACACUGCUUCUUUACCUAUCAACGCAGUCAUUCAUCCGGAAGCCAGAUCUUCGGUCCUAUUCGUCUGUUUUUCAUUCUAUUUAAUAGUAGUAAUGCCGGAAGGUAACAAAAAAGAAAGGGUUCCAUUAGUCUGGCAGAGAAAUUAUGGACAUCUACCGCUUGUGAAAAGUUACUGUUUGUUUUCGCUUUCUUCGAGAUCUUGCAAGAAAUAUAAACAAGUCUGCGUUGAAAAAAAUGAGUGUUUUCGCAAUUGCGAGUUAAUAAUCCGCAUUCUUAGGAAAAUCAAUGACAGAUAAGUUGUAUUGAUUCCCUCUGUGAAUAUAUUGAUGUAAGAGCUUUAAUGCUAGAAGUCGACCUUAGGGCACAGAAAACAUUGGUGCGUAAAUUGCGUCUUUGAAGCCGAAUUCGCCUUUUACCACUGACCGAUGGGGAAUUUGAUCUGAUGUCGUCUGUAUUCCCUUCACAGGAGGACGAAAAUAUGUUUAACCUUAUGAAUUGUAUACAUCUUGUGAUUAAGUGCCUGAAAAAAAAAAAAAGAGUAGCCAAUAACGUGAUGAAAAUUGUUUGCGUGCAAUGCGUAAGAGCCCUCUUAAAGUGGUUCGACAGAAUUUUUUAGGGGUGAUACCUCCAAAGUUUGAGCAUUGACUAAGUCAGCAUGAUAAAAGGUAUGGGAAAAAGGUUACCACAACUGUGUUAUGUCAAAAGAUAAUGCAAUCGGGUCGCCAUUACUUUUUUAUUUAUCUUUGGGUUCAUCUGUACUAGGUUUUUUUUUUAAGAAAUAGCUUAAGGGAGUAUGUAUCUGCCAUAACUGCCUCAAUUAUGGCAAGUUUGAACAAAUUCUAUGAGAGCGUUUUGGAAAUAUUUUGAAACAAAGUUUUCAGAAUCAUAAAAACAUUGAAAUAGUUGCUAUCCAGACAAUUAGCUAGUAUUUUAAGAAAACGAUAAGCUUUGGCCACGCUGCAUCAUUUCAUAGUGGUUUAAUUCCAUUGAAAGGAGCUGCGUACAAAAAAAGAGGGGAAUUGCUCUGGGCGAUCGCGAGUUAGAAGAAUUUUAUUAACCUGCAUUCAGCUGCUUCCCGAAAAAAUAUGGGAGGUAUGCCCGCUAAAAAUCCAGUCCAGUCACCUACACUUUAAGAAAAAGUAGGGCAAGGCUACCUUAAGUGUCUACUUCUUAUAUAAAUGAGAAGCUGUAGUUUCCUUAAGGUUGGAAUUAGAAGAGACAACCGAAUAAAACUUUGUAUUAAGUCUUAGUAGGCCACAAUGAACAAUCUAACAUGAUCAUAUUACUCUGAAACCUUACUAUUAUUAUUUCUAUUAUCAUUAAUAUUAAUAUCAUCAGAGGAUGGAUGAAGUCCAAUUAAAGGAGCUACGUUACGCUAUUUGCUAUUUUCUACCUUUUUAUAAAGCUAAAAUGUAUCUUCGCAACAAUUGUGGUGGUAGACUGUAUUUAGGCAGUGAAACUGUUUCCUCUUGUCUGUUGCCACGAACGGCAAGGAAGGGAAUAAAUUGAAAUGAUUUAAUGCUAUGCGUUUUAGUGUGAAAACCAACAAAAAUGUAUUAUUGGUCGUGCUCCCUGAUGAGCUUGUUUGAUAACUUUUUCAUAACUGUACACAAGAAGUUUUGUGUAAGGUUUAAAGCAUUAAGGGCUCUUUCCAAUUGUCAGAACUGACCGGCCAGACGUACCAUUCCCGUCUUAUUGGGAAUUUCAAUUAAAUUCAAAACUAUCAAGCCAGAUCUGUUAGUUCGAUUAGUUCAUGCGUCAGCGUGCGCAUGUCGAGGCAUUGAGCACGCGGAAAGUUUGGAGAGCACGAAAGAGGCGUAAGAGUUGCAUGAACAAGAACAACAUAAGCUUUAUUACCAAAUAAAAGUUAACUUAAUUUACAAUAUAAUAUAUUGAUACAAAAAAGGUAACAUUUACUCAGAAUAACUAAAAAGCUAAUCGAGCCGAGUAAAGCUAAAUAAUGGUCAGGCAUAGGAGGUAGGUUGCCACUAAAGCUAGAACAAACAAGGAAUUAGUAAAUAGAUAAAAGGACAAAAAUGAAAAAGAAAAAAAAAAGACUCACGAACAGUAAGACUGUAAGAUGUUCAACAUGACUUUGUUUUUAAAGGAUUUAAUGGGGAGGUGUUUAAUGCUUUUAUCAAGGUUAUUCCAAACUUUUACAGCCGCAAAGCGAAAGUUGAAUUUACCAUAGUUUGUUUUGAUAGUAUUGAGGUAAUAGGUUGAUUUAGAAGCAAGCCUGGUAUUGUUUGAGUGUAUGGAUGCUACCGUUUUAAAGAAAUUUUCAAAGGAAUAUGGAAGAAGAUUAUGGUGAUAGUUAUACAUGAGGAGUGCAUUAUGAAGGGUAACAAGAUCAGUUAAUUUAAGAAUGUUUAAUUUCUUAAAAAGAGGCUCACAGUGAUCACCUGGUUCCGAAAAAGUUGUAAUACGUGUUGCUUUCUUUUGAAGAAUUAUCAAAGGUCUGAGAGUAGAACUAUAAGUAUUGCCCCGAAUUGAUAAACCGUAGGUGAGGAAGGGGUAAAUAAGUGAAUAAUACAAUUGAAGUAAUAUGUUCGUUUACAUAAUGUCUAAUUUUAGAUAGUACCCCAAUACCUCUUGAAAUCUUCUUGUUCAAUUCGUGCAAGUACGGUUUCCAGUUCAAAUUAGAAUCAAAAAUGAGUCCUAGGUAUUUAACUUGGUUAUCAGAUUUAACAGAGAUAUUGGAGAUAUUAAGAUUCAACUUAUGAGCUAUUCGUCUUUGCGGAGAAUGGAAUACCACAAAGCUAGUUUUUUCAAUGUUCAGAGAUAAUUUGUUAGCAAAUAACCACUGGCUCACCUUAUCUAGUUCUACAUUUAGGUUGGUUUCUAAAUUUAGAAUGUUAGUAUUGUCAAGAAACAGGUUUGUAUCAUCUGCAAAAAGGUGAAAAUCCAAAAUGUUGAAGCAUUUAGACAGAUCAUUUAUAUACAAAAGAAAAAGAAGUGGACCAAGCAGUGACCCCUGUGGUACUCCACAUGAAACAGUUUGGUAAUCAGAAUCAGUACCAAAAAAAGAGAAAAACUGUCUUCUGUUACUUAGAUAUGAUGCAAACCAAUCAUUUACAACACCUCGUAUACCAUAAUACUCCAGCAUGGUUAAUAAAAUUUUAUGAUCGUCAGUAUCAAAUGCUUUACAUAAGUCUAAAAGAAUGCCACAAGAAUAGGUGCCAUUAUCGAUUGAUCUCUGUAUCUUAUCGGUCAAGAGGAGAAGAGCAUGGAUGGUUGAAUGCUUUGAUCUAAAACCAAACUGAUUAUUGUAUAAAAUAGAAAAUUUCUCAAGAUAGCUAAUAAUUCUAUUAUACAUUAUUUUCUCAAUUAAUUUAUUGAAUAUAGAAAGCAGGGAAAUGGGUCUAUAGUUGGAGACUAAAUAGCUGGACCCUUUUUUGUGAAUUGGAACUACGCUGGCUACUUUAAAUUGAUCUGGCACCAUACCAGUAGAGAAUGAGCAAUUAAAGAGCAGCUGAAGAGGGACUGAUAAAACACUUUUUAAAGUCUUAAGAGCGACUUUCUGUAAAUACCACGGAUAGGUGUGCAAGAUGGAAAAAUCGAAAUCCCCCAAACUUUGUCCCAACAAAGCCCUUUGGAAACUAUUUUAGAAAAUACAAGACUCAGUUCGUUUGACUCAAUAUUUUCCAAAAUAAUAAUUUUUUUUAAUUUUCACCUUCGAGAGGCCUUCAAACCACCGAAAAAUGUGCUUGAUACCCUCGCUUCGUGAAUGGAAACGGAAACUAAUACCAUAACUUUUCUUAUAUUAAACAAUUUUAUGAUCCUUCCUUUCUACCUAAACGUUGUUACAAUUUCAAAAGAUUUCAAUCUGAUUUUUUAAUAUUUUUUCAAAAUUACCCUCUAAAUCAGCAUUAUCGCGACCAUCAAUUUUGCCAUUUUUCAACGGCGAAAAUCCUUUCCUGGUACAUGGCUUUCAUUACAAAAAUGGUAUUCCAGAGAAAGAGCAAUGUUUCCCCUAUCAAUCUGUGAAAUAAAAUUCUGGGGCAAUUGAAACUGCGAGUUUUUACAACGGAAAACAUUUACGGUACUAGGGUGAUUUACGACCUUUGAACUUGCAGUUGUAUUGAUGAAUACAAGGGAGAACUUAGACAGCACUUGAAACUCUGACGCAAAUUCGCCCCUUUUCCGCCAGUUUAAACACCAAAAACGAUUUUAGAUUUCACAGUGGUAAAUUUUCAAAAGGAAAAGCAAUUUUAUUGUACGAAAGUGUGCUAUGAACUUCUUGACUACAACACAUCCCUUACGUGCGUAUUUGUUUACUUUUGCCGUAUCUGUAACAGUUAUCAUAUAUCUACAAAACGGCUUUAGUGUCGGUAGCUAUUCUUUAAAAUGCUCUCAUUUCUCAUGAACCAAAUUGUUAUAGCUUUAAAAAAGGAAAACGUUUUGACCUACCUCACAUUAUUUGACAACAGAACCGAAUCCUUUACUGCCGUUAACGAAAUGAGAUUGCGUGACGAAGAACUUUGAGACCCAGGUUAAAGACAGAUACCAUUCCGAUAAAGACACUCACGCGGUGCCUUCAGUAACUAUAAAAGCAAAACAUGUAAAUAAUCAAAAUUCUUAGUUUCACUGACUUAUCCGCUAGAGCGAUUAUGAAAACGUAAGACUAAAAAACAUAUUUUCCACAACAGACUAUGAAGUGGUUGGCCCUUAUAUUCUCUUACUUUCCAUAAACGCCUGCUUACACAUUUUGAAAUACGAUUAUGAAUUCCUUUCUUGUAUCCUUAGAAAAAUGACAUUUAGGGGGAAAAAAGUGCUAAUUCCUAGUCUUAAAUGUCAUCCGUCCCUUCCCUCCACCCCCUAAGGGGCGGCAGCCCGUUUCGGUGUGGGGCGAAGAAACGCAGAACAUUUCAGACUGGACAUAGCGGGGCUAGAAAACCUGCAUAAUUUUAGAGCACCUCUGGUGUUAAAAGCAAAGCUUUCAGUAGUUCUGGCAACCUCGAGCAAGUUUUGCAUUUCUGAGCAACGUUUGGGAAAAAUAUAGGCUUAUGUCAAGCCAGAAAAAAGUGAGCAGUUUGAUAGAAAAUGUCAAGUACGACUGAACCGCGCCCGUAUAAGCGCCCCUAAUGAUUCUGGCAGGGGGAGGGGGGAAUUUUGAAAUGGAGCGAAGGGGACCUAGGUCUAACCAUACCGUCUGCGCUUUAGCUGUGAGUCUGCCUUGGAGAUAAAUUUCGCUCAUAUUUUUGAGCAACUCUUUAAAGAAGAUUGCAAGCCGUAUAGUUGCGUCCGUCUGGAACGCUGGAGCGGUGAAACCAAUGAUCGCGCCCCUCGCACCUUGAAAAAAAACUGCGUUUUUUGAGAAAAAACGGAAAAGAAAAUAAAAGAGAAGGAAAGGCCGUUCGCACUAACUGAAAGCUAUUUUUUGCAUUGCUGUUGAAAAUCUGAAAAGGAACAGUCUUACACACGUAGCCCUCGGGGCGGUACCAGGUGAAUAUAUCACAUACCCCAUCGUUCCAGGUAUAUAACCUUUACGUAAGCAUAGGAUGUAAGACACACUUGCGGAUACGCGUAAGCAUAACGUGAGAUACCCAGGCGCAAAAAAAUAACAGUCGCGCGGCUAAUGUUGGCUCCCCUCAAAAAUGAAGCGAGUUAACGUGGGCUUGAAAAGUGAGAUAUUCGGAUAUCUUCGGAUAAUUGAUAGCGAGUUAUUUCCAGUCCACGGACUUUCUCCUAAAUUUUUCGAAAGUAUUUGUUCUCUUAGAAGACCCAGAAUUUCGAGAUUUCUUGAUAGUUUUAUACAUACGCUAAUUAUGAGAUUCCUUUUCUUCUUUCCUAACGAUAAGUUAAAUAGGUCAAGAAAAAACAGCUUUCAGGUGAGUUGAAAUAAGUUUUUUGAGGGCGCGAUCUUGGUUUCACCGCUGAGCGUUCCUGACGGGCCCAAAUAUACGGGCUUGCAAUCUCCUUUAAAGAGUUGCUCGACACUGUGGGUAAAAUUUAUUGCCAAGGGAAACGGACAACUAAAAAGCAGGCGGUGUGCUUAGAGCUAGGUCCUCUUUGCUCAAUUUCAGAGUUUCCCCUCCCCACCGAGCCUCCCCCUCCCACCCGAGUCAUUAGGGGCGCUUUUACGGGCGUUGUUCAGUCGUACUUGACAUUUUUUAUCAAACUGCUCACUUUUUCUGGCUUGACAUGUGCCAUAACCUAUAUUUUGGCAAAACGUUCCACAGAAAUGCAAAACUUGUUCGAGUUUGCUAGAACUACAGAACAUUUAAACACAAGAGGUGCUAUAAAGUUGUGCAGGUUUUUUAGCCCCGCCAUGUCUAGUCUGAAAUGUUAUGCGUGCCUUCGCCCCACCCCGAAACCUGCUGUGGCCCCUUAGGGGGUGGAGGGAAGGGACGGAUGACAUUUUAGACUACGACUUAGCGCUUUUUCCUAAGAAUACAAGUAAGGAAUUCAUAAUCGUAUUUUAAAACGAGCGUGAUGAAAACAAGAGACUUCAGUGGAACCUCGAUUUAACGAAGGGCCAAGGGCCUAAAAAAAUUUCUGAGCCACCCAACGACGGUUUCCGUCUAAAUUCAUUGAAAACAUUUUUCAAUGGUGUACCCAGAGUACUUUUAGAAAUGCAUUCUAAGCGGCUUGUAAAAUUUGUUCCUGUUCGGUCAUCCUAGGGAAACUUGCAUUGAGCAUUUUUGAAAUUACAAGGGCUUCAGUAUUAUUUUCCCAAAAAUUUUAGAUGCAAUUUAACGUAUCACGAAAGUGAGAAUUUUUCUGAUUCCUCUCUCAAUCACAUGUUUGAAUCCGAACAUUUUAG